AUGUCUCAACAGAUCCAUUUUGUGGAGACUCAACCUGGGACAGCUUUGGACUCUGGCCAAGUACGUGCGCUACGAUCACAUGUGCGGAAGGUCAAUCUGGAGAGAUCGAACCGGAAGAGCACUCAGCAAUUGGAGAACUUCCGUUCCUUGACCAUAACCGAUUUCUCCGGAAGUGGGAAGGCGAAAGGUGCCAAGAGGAAACAAUCCUUCCAUUCCAAUGUCGCUCAUCUUGAAACGGUAAUUCAAGAAUUUCCAUGGGGAGACGACCCGCCACAGGGUUAUCCUCUCGCCCCUGACAGCCCGGGGAUCCCCACAAGAGCGUUCCGGUGCCUACCUAACCAGUUGCCGCCAAAACGAUGCAGUUGUCACAGACCCAGCCCGCAAGGUCAGCAAUCGCCAAGCUCAAGCGAGCAUUCAACCCCCAGCGAUUCUCCACACAGCGAGGAGACACAUCCACAGGCAGCCUGGAUAGUAGAUGCUACUGAUGUCGAUGAAGAUCAGAUCAACCAGCUACUCAGAAGCUGUGCUUUUCAGAUAGAGGCAGAAUCUCUACUCUCAUUCGGCCUGGCCAAUUGUGACUUAUGGGCACUCCCAUUAUUCCCAGACUGCUUAUACAAGUCGGCCUUCCUGUACGCCUUCCUUUACUCCAUCCUACAUAUCCACAACUCAUACAUUGGAACAAAUGAGUCUCUCGCCCUCAAGACGAAAGCGAUUGAAUGCCUCAGAGAAGAUCUCCGUAAGGAUGAUCCUAACAUUCGAGCUCUGACCAUUGGCACCGUCCUACUGCUGUCAUGCGUCGCAUAUCAUUGCGGGGACCUUGCCGAGUCUACAGCACAUUCCGAAGGCCUGUACAAGCUCUUGGAACACUACCACGCGGACGGCGUCCGCCUGCGAACUGAGGUACUUCGUGCCAUCUUCUGGUAA